AUGCUAUAUGGGGUCUUCAUAGCCUUUGAAAAGGACUUUGACAGCCUACACAGAGAGUCUUUGUGGAAAAUCCUACUACAUUAUGGGAUCCCACAGGAGAUCGUCAAUGUCAUCAAAAGCUUAUAUAAUGGCUGCAAGUGUAAGGUGAUUUGUGACAACCAGUUUGUAGAUAGCUACAAUGUGAAUGGUGAGGUGAAGCAAGACUGUAUUUUGUCUCCCUUCCUAUUCAUUCUGGUUGUGGACUGGCUUAUGAGAAUACUUCUAGAGCACAAUAACUGGACACAUAUUUCGGUGCUUGAAGAUCUAGAUUACAUAGAUGACGUUAGUCUCAUUCAAGUCAACAUGUUAGCAUCUAAGAGAAAACGUGGAAUUUAUUUACCUUUGCUACAGAAAUAUCAGGAACACAUCUGUUGA